UCUUUCAAAAUGUGGUUCUACCUGGUGACCCUUGUGGUCCUUUACCAACUUCUGCGUUGGUACCGUGAGAGGCAGGUGGUGAGCCAUCUCCAAGACAAGUAUGUCUUCAUCACGGGCUGUGACUCGGGCUUUGGGAACCUGCUGGCCAGACAGCUGGACAGGAGAGGCAUGAAGGUGCUGGCUGCAUGUCUGACCGAGAAGGGAGCUGAGGAGUUGAGAAGGAAGACAUCAACCAGGCUGGAGACGGUGAUCCUCGAUGUCACCAAGACAGAGAGUAUUGUGGCAGCCACUCAGUGGGUGAAGGAGCGUGUUGGGAACAAAGGACUCUGGGGUUUGGUUAAUAAUGCAGGCGCUUUCCCACCGUUUGCUUACAUGGAGUGGCUGAAACCCGAGGACUACAUGGAUACCUUUCAAGUGAACCUGUUUGGUUUGAUUCAGGUGACUCUGAGCAUGCUUCCUCUGGUGAGGAAGGCUCGGGGCAGGAUCGUCAAUGUCUCCAGUGUUUUGGGAAGAAUUGCCUUCUGUGCGGGAUUCUACAGUUGCUCCAAGUAUGGGGUUGAAGCGUUUUCAGAUGUACUAAGGUGUGAGACUCAAGAUUUUGGGGUGAAAGUCAGCAUAAUUGAACCUGGGAGCUUCAAAACUGGACUGACCCAUGCAAACUUAAUCCUUGAGAGAAUCAAGAAAGUCUGGGAAGCAGUCCCCGAGCAUGUCAAGGAAGCCUACGGACAGCAGUUUUUUGACGAUUUGUGCAGCAACGCCGCACAAAAAUUCAGGAUGUGCAGCGCCGACCUGAGCCUGGUCACCGACUGCAUGGAGCACGCGCUGACCUCCAGGCACCCACGCACCCGAUACUCCGCGGGCUGGGAUGCCCAGCUUAUCUUCAUACCUCUCUCUUACUUGCCUACGUCACUGACGGACUACAUAUUCAGAUCUAGGUGCAAGCCAGCUCAAGCGGUCUGAAGGUUCCUGGUUCAGUGGCUCUUGGAGUGAAGAAAUCAUUUGUGUCUCUGUGAUUGUUAGUUUGGACCCAAGCUAUCUGUGCUAACAAGCUUUCUUGCCUAAACCAUUUACCUGGCCAUUCAUUUCUUUUCUUUUCCUCUCCACCCCCCACAGACACCGGGUCUCACUCUACAACCCUGGCUGGCCUCGAACUCAUAGAGAUCUG